GAAACUUCAGCCUAAAUAGCAAAGACUGUGCUGCAAAAUGUUUUUAUUGAGUAAAAAUCAUCCAAUUGUCAGCUUUCUUUUUAUCGUCAGCACAAAUUAGGAGCUACGUAACGCUGCCUCAUUUCAGUGGAAGAACACCACUGCAGGGUAAUUUUCUCUCGACUGUUGAAGAGGUUUUUGAUUUUUUUUUUAAAAAUCCACCAGUAUUAUGUUGCGUUUACUUUGUUUAUUAUAGCCUGAACAAUGUUUGAAUAAUUUACAAAUUCAAUAUCUUUCUGAAUCAAAGCCUUUGCUGUGAGUGUGAGUAUUAGGCAGUUGCAUUUCUGGUACUUACAGGAACUUACAGGAACCAUUGUCUCCUGUUGAUCUAACAUAUUGUCAAGCACACACCCUUUAUUCCAGAAUGUUCACCUGUGCUAACACUAAACCUCAACUGGUUUUGUGUUUCUACAUACAUAUUUGGAGACACAUUUAUCUGUCAUGUGAAUAGAUUCAAGUUUUUCAAAAUGUUCCACUUUCACCAUGUGACCUGCUCUAACAAAAAAAACCUGCCUCAUUUCCUCUGUUGUGGUAUAGUGUUUUUUGAUCCACCAGUACUUCUACCAGUGCAGUUAUUUUUUUUUGUAAAUAAAUAUCUGUUUUAAAAGUAUACUGAUUGGUUUAAACAUACACAGCUACAACUUUGAUGGCAGUUUAUGAGGUAUUUAAAGAAUUAAGUCAACAUUGACCUUAAAAAACUUUGACCUUGCAGAAAUACAAUACAAGUCAAAUCAGUCAGUUUACAGUGAACCUUUAUUUACUGACAUAAACUAAUAAACUAAAUCUAGUUACUAACUACUACAGUAAAAGAUAAAUGUACUGCUAGGUUGCAUCCAAAUGUCUCUGAGGCAAUACUGAGCUGGUCAACCAGCCUUUAGUCUAGUUACUGCUCCCUCUUGGUAUGUGAAAAGGAACAACCACGCAAAAUGUGCCUUAACUUGUACAUUAAAUAAAUCAGGGUUUUUGAUCUUUUUGACCGUAGGAACCAAUUAUUCCUGUACAAAGUGACCGCCAGGCCCAAUCAAAUAUUAACACUAUUGGUUUAAAUGAUCGAUCUAACUCCUUGAUUUUAACAUAUAGUGUAUAUAUAAUUAACUUAUUCUAUAACAUUUUAACUUAUUCUAUAUCACGACAAAAUGUAUUCUAUUGUUGCAUUUUCAUGGCUAUGCAGUAACCCUUUUAGAUUUAGGUUUAGUUAAUGAAUAAUUUUGUUCAGGGCCAACCUCUUUGUUCUGGCUCAGGACCAAUCUUUACUAAAGUUCAAUGGAACUGGCUUUUCCUGCCACCAGGAGUUGACUCUGCUUUUUAUGGAAUGAAGUACUCUCUUUUCACACUCGAGACAAGCUAAAAGACAAAAUGUACAGUGUGAUUAAUAUCUGCGUGUUUGUUGUUCACCAUCACAUCUGUGUCAAGUGUCAUCCACGUAGCCUUUGUUUGUACAGGUGAGAAGUACCUAUUGAACACUGCAAUCUUUUCACUGCAAUUGAAAAAUUCCUAUCACAUGAUUGUAUGCUGGAGCUGUUGUGUAAGAGAGAUGGCACACAAACACAUACUUUGGAAAAACACCCUCCUGCAAUUGAUGGUGUCUUUUUUCACAGCCAUCUUCAUGCAACGUCUGUUCCAGUGUUUUAGAAGAAAAUUAGUGAAAGAUUUUACAAUGAUCCUUUUAGCCAUAUCAAACUUGAAUGAAGGAAAUGAUUGCAGAUAUAUGUUCCUGAGGUUAAUAUUUCAUGUGUUGUUCAUUGUGUCAUUAUUAGUCUUCUCAUUUAAUCUGCCUUUGUGGUCUCACCACAGUAAUUAUUUCACACGUGUACAGUCUCCAGGUCGUCGUUGCCUUUGUUUGUGAUGCUUAUUGGUGGAAGCCCCAUGUGAUAAGAGUCAUGAUUUUUCCCAAUGGAGCCAUCUGCUUCAACAACACAUGACAAAGUGUCUUUGCUGCUUAUACUUACAGGGAGUCUUAUGUAACUAAAACUAACAAACAAAGACAUUUUACUUAGAUAUACUACAACUUUACUUUGCAGCUAUUGUGAUGCAGAUUUUAUUUAUGUUUUUUAUAUUAUAUUAUUAUGUAUAUAAGUUAGACCUCCUUAAAAAGGAGGCAGAACUGGGGUUUUGUAGCAUUUAUUUUUUGUAGGUAUUUGUGAAAAGUAUGCUAAAAUACAUUUAAAAAACUAGACUGUUGCCUUGGCAGAGUUGAUAAAAUUUGAACUCUUUGGCCAUAGAGACAUGGCAUACAUUUGGGGAAAAAUGUGUGUAACCCGAAGAACACCAUCAUCACAGAAAUGUGAAUAUAAUACUUUGUGAAGUGCUUCAGUAUGUCAAGGUGUCCACCAUUAAGCAGCAAAAGAAAAUAAGAACUCCACAAGAUUCUAGUUCUAUUUUGUAUUAAAAAAGUAGAGGGGGGGUUCUCUAUUGUCAAUUCCUAGUGAUUCAGUAAUAAACCAUCAGUGUUUCAAGGGUCCCUUGUUAAAUGUUACAUCUGCUCAUAUUGUUCUGUAUAAUGUGGAUCUCUUUUAGGAUAAUGGUUUACUGUAUGCCUGUUCUUUAAAAUUGAAAAUGUUUCAAACAAACAACGUGUAUGUUUCCUGCUGUGUUGGUAUGAUUGUUUUCAAUGGAAUUUAAAUAACUUUUUAAUUUUGUCAACCACAAUGAUAGACAUUUCAAAAUCGAAUUCCAAUGAAAAACGUUAUAAACAAUACUGUCAACUUGCUGUAGUAUAAAUAAUGCUAAUGCUAACGUCUCAAUUAAGAGGUACUAGCAAUGAGUUUUAAUUGAUUAUUUCGAUUAUUCAGCCUUUUUGAAAGUUUUUAAAUAUUGUCUUAUUGCUGAGUGUGAUAAUAGAACUAGAUAAUAUAACUUUUGUUUAUUUAGAAGUAAUUCUGAUCUCUACGUUAUGUGGCUCUUGACCCAGUCUACGAAAUGACCCGUAAAGGACAUCUAAGACAUAUGGAAGCUAAGUUUUCAUAUCAAACUUUUUUCAUUUUUUUUCUCUCGUCAUUUUCAAUUCCAAUGUCGACAUUGGUUCUGUUUAUUUUGGUCCAAUAAUAAUGAAGUAAAAGCCAGUUCGAGCGAUGUUUUAUGAAGUCCUGUUAAGUGUUUCUGUGUACCUGUCUGUCUGGUUGAGUACACGCCCUGCUCCACAGCCUCAGCUCUUCUCUCAGGAGGGAGCUUCACUUCCCAUAAUUACCGAGCUCCGUGACAGGAACAUUUUCUCUUUCUGCGAAGCCACUGGAGAAGCUGUGAUCAACUUUCUUUUUCACAGUUACUUUAUUGCUUUUUUUUUUGUUUCCCAAACCGACUGAAAUGGAAAGGGGACCCUGCUAGGAACCACCUAGCAACAUGUCCGUCAUUAGAAGACUGCGAGCCACAGUCAGAUAACAGCAUCACUGCAAGUGCUUCCACAGUAGAUACGCACUGAGUUUCAGUCUCCUCACCCAAUGGCCUUCUUUCAACAGCUGCGACUUCUUCUCUGGAAGAAUGGGUUGGGAGGGAUCAGACAUCCAGUAUGGUCCCUCACUCUCAUCAUUUGGCCUCUGAUCAUCUUCAUCAUCAUUGCUGUCACCCGACGUCAGUUCCCUCCCAUUGUAAAAGAAACAUGUUAUGUGGGACCUCGGAACCUCCCCAGCACAGGCUUCUUCCCUUUCCUGCAGACCCUCAUGUGCAACACAGAUAGUAACUGCCACAGCAAGUCACGCCUGUGGGACUCCUCUACGUCAGCAAAUCAGCGGAGUGCGAACACAUCAGGGCAACCCUCCUCUCAAGGAAGUUCUCCACUGGCGGAUUUGAUUCAAGGGAGAUCUGCCAUCCCGCUUAAUUUCACUGAAGACUUAGGCUAUGACCCCAAAGACCUGCUUAAGAUGCUGGAAAACAUCAUGGGUUCAUCUGAUGGCGGGAUACUCUACAAUGUCUCUAUGAUAAACACCACCUAUCUGGGAGAUCAGGGAAACCUGAGCAGCCUGCUGACAUCAGUGACUUUCCUGAAAAAGGCUGUCUGCACAACACUGCUGUCAUUUAUGAACCUAACCUCCCCUAAUCCCGUCAGUCAUUCUUUGGUCAUGUUCUGCCAGUCCAACAGCACUGCGUUAGAGGUCACUCUUAACGUACUUAACCAGGUUCUGUCAAGCCUGAUGAUGACCAAUCCAGAUGAAAUGGUGACAGCAGCGGGGGCAACGUUGAUGCUGAUUGAACACCUGCAGAACGAGACGACCCUGUGGGAAACUCUUCUCACGGUGCCCCAGCUCUUUUACAAUGGUUCUGUGGACCAGGCCCUGCUCAACACCGAGGUUCUGCUCAGCAACAUACAAGGUGCUGUACAUUUCUUCCAAACAAACUUCCCUGAAACUGGUCAGAACCUGUCCAGUGUGAAUCCACUUCUUGCUGGUGGCAUCAACGUGGUCCGUUAUUUUCUCCACUGGCCUGGCAAAAAUGAGACCGUUUCCCUCCAGGACAUCAUCACUGUUGAGAACAGCUCAAUAGCUCAAAUGUUCUUCUCUGUUUUGCCAGAUGUCCAAAUACCACUGCACAAGGCAAUGGGGCUGAUGCUGGACAGACACAUUGUGCGCUCGCACUUGUGUAGAAACAGCAGUGAUAUGUUGGUGUCAGCGGCAUGUAGCAGCGGCACUCUGGACACGCUGCUCAGUUGGAUCAGCCCUGACAAACUGGCAAAGCAGGUUCUUCUGGUGUGGAGUAAACGCGUUGCAUCCCAUGAUGUGGCCUUCUUCAAAGGACUUGUGCACAGUCUCAUUGGAAGUUUUUCUGGAGAUUAUGGAGAAUCCAACUUGAGCAGGAAACGUAGAGCCGCAGAUGUAGAGCCACAAAAUAUAGAGGAGGAUCUGUUUUUAUCAGUUGGCCAUGUGGUGAUGGAGCUUGUCAAACUUGUGCCUGAGGUGGACUCAGUUUUUCAGAACAUCCUCAAAACCGCCUUCUUUUCCAUGGCAACAGGAACUCAGGCCAUUGAAAAUGUGACAGAAAUAAUGGACAAUGCCCUCAAAGACGCCAUCAACUUAAAAUGGACGUUUCUGACACUGAUGACAAACCAGUCGGCAACCAGCAUGAAUGCCGGCCGCCUCGUUGACAGUGUGGUGGAAGCCAUUGAGGAGGUUUCUAACUCUGGGUACUCGUCAUGUGAAGAUGUCCUGCGUCCCUUCGAGUGGAUUUUUGCAACAGAGAGCAUAAAUAUCGACAUGUGGAGAAACCUUUUCUGCCAGUAUAGCUAUGCUUCAGAACAGGCGAUUAUGAACCAAUGGUUGCCGUUGAUUGUGAAGGGACAAGGCUUGGUUGAAGCAUUCAAAGGUCAAGCAGAGUUGAAUGUAACGCUUCCCAUGAUUCUCUCAGAGUGGCACAAGUUGUGCAACAGCAGCAUGCAGUUUGGAGUGUUUAUCGAGACACUUGCUGGCUUUCUGGGUGGAGCAUACUGGAUGGACUGGAUGCCAGUCAACAACACACAUCACCUUUCUGGGACUGCUCUACAAAGUGUCUUCAUGCUUAUGAAGGGGACUGCAGAAGUAAUAGAGAGAAGUUCCUUCUGGCCCAGUGCAAAACCCUACUUCCAUGCUCUAUACUGGAUUUUAAACUACAGGCCAUCUGGCAUGUACACUACUGCAAACUGUUCGGCUGAUUACCAUACCUUUGAGCUGCGUUGCGAAACUGGUUUGAAUUGGGAUACAAUGUUUGAAAUCAUAUUUCAGACUCCAACUCAAGGUUCUGUGGUCAAUGUUCUCAAAGGAACUUUGCUUUUCUUGCGAAAUGCAUAUGGUGACAUCUAUAAUAACGGGGCCAUAACGUUUCUUAACAAAGUCAACAUUGGUGGCGCAGCAGUAUCUGGAUAUAUGGCGUCUUUGAUGCGUCAUCUGGAGUUGUUUGUAACUGUAAUCGCCAUGCAGCCUGACAGCACCAUCUCUGACCCAGACUUCUUGGCUCUACACAUUGGUGGAUUAUUUAGUUCGGCAGGCCUGGGACCAAUAGGAGCACUGAUCUUUAGUGAAACCCCUGUCAAUUUCUCCACGGUGCUUGAUACUGCCACCAAACUAGGAAGGCAAAGGCAGCACUUGAUAAACUUCAAUGAGACAGACCCAACAUUGCCUGAGCUUGAGCGCUUGAUAAUGCGCUUUCUCUCUAUGGAGGGAAACCUCAGUUUAGCCAUACCACAUAUCAUGGGGUACAGUCUGCUCACCUAUUCAAACUACUUCGAUCCAGAGAGCGUGGCCAAUUUUAGUUCACUAAUCCGGCCUUUUACGAACAAAACUUCAAAUGGUGUCAUCGAGGCCAUACUCAGUGCAAUGGAGCUCCUGAAAAAUGUCAUUGAUUCCCCCAAUGGUGACCCGACUGAAAUUAUUAAAUCAUAUGUAACCCAGCUUCAAGAACUGAUCAUGUCAAUGUACAGACUACGACAAAUCAAUCAAGUUUCGUUACCAAGUGGGCAGCUGAGUGCAGAACAAGUCACUGACUUACACCUUCUUUCCAAGCAGUUUUUCAGCCUCCUCACGCCAGAGUUCCUUCAAAACCUGACUCAGGCUGGGCCAGAAAAAGCUCAAAAUGUCACCAUCCAGAAAUUUAUAGCAUUGCUUCCAUCUGAGGUCCAGGAAGAUGCUGCUCGCUUUUUCCAGUACUUUAGAGCUCUGCAGAGGGAAAUGGCCCAAAUUCCUGCGGGAUUCGACAUUUCUGCCAAAUUCUCCGAAAUCUUCACCUUCAUUGAUCAAAUUAUGGAAAUGAUGUUGUCAGCCAAUGGCACAGUCAUCAUGACGGUGGCCACACCCAAUUCUCUUGUCCAAGCACAGGAAUACGAAGAACUUUCAACAACCGUCUUCUCACUCCUCUUGGCACGAAAAGAUGCUGCUGCUGUAAAAACAUCCAGACAGAUUCUUCAUUUGAUCAGAUUACUUAUGAACACACAGAAUAUUUCUGUAUCUGAUGUGGAGAACGCUCUGAGACAGUCAAACCUAACUCUGGAGGAGCUAAAUGACUUUGCUGCCCUUGCUGGGGUUGCUAACAUAGCAGAACUGCUGGCAAACACGAUGUCUGUUGUCAAUCUGUACCAAUGUUUUGAACCACAACACAAUGAAACAGUACCGGCCGAGUGUGUUAAAACAUUGGUGUUUCGUCUCUACCAAUUUCUGUUAGCCAUCCCUGAUCUCCAAGGUCAGGCGACCAUAUUGUCUCUCACCCAACAAAUUAUCAAUACGACAUUCACACAAGUCCUGCAGACAAACUACAGCUCUUAUCCAAGCAUUCAAGUCUCAGAAACCUUAAACAGCUCUUUACAGCAAAUCAAGUUGGUCCUCCAGGAGAACGACCUGGACACGCCUGAGAUCAUGAAAGAGAUCAAAGUGCUUGAGCGUGUGGUACAGCUGAUGGCCAGCACAGACCCACUGAUGUAUUUGAACAAUGUCACGAUGCAGAACCCCACACAGGCCCAAAUGGCUUACUUGCAAAUUGUGCAAUGGUACUUGAACAAGUUGGAAAACAUUACCAGCAACAGCACGCUCUCUGAUUUGGUCCCACAAUUAAUGUACAUGACACAAAUGCAAGUGGCACUCCAACUGUCGCAGACCAAUUUCUCAUUGUUUGUCCAGAACCAAAUUGAGCACCUGAUUCGAAGCCUCAGCUAUCCAAUAGAGGAAGAGGGCAUCAGGAAAAUUGGCCAGACAGCUAUUAAAAUUCUCGAGAGCCUAAUGGAUAACAUCAUAAUGAAUAUCAACACUGUAGGCUCAGAGCAUAUGUUGAAUACCACCCAUCUAAAUGCUGUCGAGUCCCAAAUAAGGCACUACCUUGAUCUCCUACAAAACUGGAUGGAACACCCCAACGUCACUUUGCUCCUUUCAAACAUGCUCCAGUGGGGAAAUCCCCCGUAUGACGCAAUAUCUCCGCUGACAGACACUGAACACCUGCUGCAGACAAUGAGACAUUUUUUCACUGAUCAGGAAUUGGUCUACGUUUCUGCAAUCAGCAGUAUAGUCCAAUCUGUGAAGAAGGCUCUUGUGGUGGUACAGGAAACAGGGCACUUCCAGAGUGACUACUUUCUGGCUAACAUCAUGGAGGCAAUUCAAACUCUACAAACCCUGAUCCCCAUGCCACCUCCUGUGCUCCAAAACAUCAUGGAAAUUGUGCACGGUUCGCUGCGGUUUAUUUUCCAGCGUAACAUGACCUUCUCCUCAUCACUAAACACCACCCUCCUCAUCCUCAGUAGAACUGAGAGUCUCAUCUACCAGACCAUUCCACAAGAGGUUGCCCCAUACCUGAUUUCUGUAGUCAGACUGGUAGCUACGUACUUUGAGACCAUCGCUGUGAGCGGUGGACCAGAGACCCUGAAUCAAUUGAUUCUAAAUGAGAUGAGAACCCUUCUGAGUCUCCUGCCCCAGAACUCCACUGCCCAAGCCUACAUCUCUGUGGCCAUCAACAUCACUGAGUCCAUCCUAAACUCUGGCCAAGUAUAUUUGAGUCCAUUGAGUUUUGAGAAUGCAUCUCCAGAGAACGUGCCCAUGAUUAUCGGACAGAUGAGCCAAGUGGUCAGCAUGAUAAUGACGGCGUUCCCGGAGAUUCCUCCCUCAGUUGUUCUGUCGCUAAAACUCAUGGGUCAGCUUUCUCCAUUGAUAAGUCAGGUGAUGAAAGGACAGGAUGAACAAGACAUGUGGCACAAAGUGGAAGAGAUGCUGGAGGCCCUGCUGUCAUCCAUCAACGGAACCGCGUUAUUACACAACAUUUCAUCUGCUGUCCCGCUUUUCGAAAGAACUAUUGGAAACAUGGUGAUUUCCAUGGAAGCUGCGAAGAUGAUGACACGAGGCCUAGAAUUGGCUGUGGCGUCCUUGAUGAAUGACGUUUUACAGGCUAUGAACAACACUCACAUGAACGCAUCAGUGGUCAUGGAAGGCAUUCAGCGUUCUGUAGAACAAACAAUGCAGGCAGUCCAGCAGUCUAAUGGCACAUUGGAUUGCAGUGAAGCUCUCCAGAUAUGGGAACCAGUAAGGAUAGCAGUCGGGCUGAGCAAUGCAACCAUGUCUGCGUGGUGCAACGUUGAACUGCAGCCUGUUGCAGAGAAUUACGCUGCACUCCUGAGUGUUCAACUCCAGCUUCCGCACAUGGGUGUGGAACCAACGACUGUGAACGCCACAGCGGCCAGAAUCAUGGUGGCCUUACAAUCUCUGUGCCAAGCCGCUCUUAGCCAAACACAGGGAACAAAGAAUCUCAUCAGAACUGUGUCCGAAGGUCUCUUCUUGAUGACAGGGCAGCGUGUAAGCCCUGAAGUAGAGCAUCACUGGUACAAACAGCUCCAGGAGGCACAGUUACAACAAAGCUUGAACUCCAUCAGCAUGCUCUCAGCCCAGCUUGCUAACGAGGCCCCGCUCCUCCAUCCUUACAUGAAUGCUGUAGAGAAAGUACUGGUCCACUUGGUCAAGAACGCCCACCUCGCCAAAGGCAACAGCUCAGAGGACUUCUUCAAACAGACUGCCAUGAUCUUCCUCACCUCUGCCAACAUGACCUCACAUGACAUGAUGUCAAUGAUGUUGGGGAACUUCUCCAAACUCAACGAGAGCUCCAUCACUGACAUGCUGAGACAAAUAGUCACAGAGUUGACUAACCAGAAGGUUUUCGGCGAAGAUCCCAUGGUGUACCAAGCUAUGGAGGAACUUCUGAUGUCAAAUGAAACAACCUUGUUGAUAAAGAAGGUGUUGGACUUGUCGACGUGGUUGACCUCCACCCCAGCCUCUGGAGUCGACCUGUUGAUGCAGGCGCUCCCCAGGAUUUAUGACAUCCUCCGGUGUGCCUUGUCUAUCGUGAACAAGGUGAGCGCAGCGAUGCCAGCUGAUUCAGAGCUCUUUGAAGACCUCGCUGGAAACAUCAUUGAAAUGCUGAGACAGCUGGUGAGUACUGGUGCCAUUCUGCCACCGAUGGGUCACCACUACGGGAUGUAUAUGCCAGAAGGGGCCAGCAGUAACUACACCGUGAGGCCCAGACGUAGACGUGAGGCCCCAGUGAUGCAACCCAGCAGCCCCAUUGAUGACUUCAUAGACCUGUUCUACAUUGACUACCCUGCUCUGUUCGAAGCCCUUUCUGCUCCACCCAGCACAGGAGAAGUCAUGGAGACUCUCCACAUGUUUUUUGCCAAUCCUGAUCUGAGUGUGGUGCUGAAAGGAUCCAGUGCCAUGCACUGGGGUUUGGACACCUCGAGAGAAGAAACAAUAGAUGCAGCCCUGGGGGUGUUCUCUUUUCUAACUCUGCCUGGUGCUUUAGAAAUGUCAUCAAUGGAUCUCCUGGUGAAUGCUGUGGAAAGGAUUCCGGAUGACUUCCCACUCGCCUCCUUGCUCAAGAAUAUCACCAGGGCUCUGGCCAAUGAAACUCAAGAGAACCUGUUCUUUGUGGAGGACACGUUGCAAACCAUCGGUGAGCUUUUCCAGAUCAGUCCAACAGACCCGGAAUUCAAAGAGAAACUCGAAUUUCUGAGAAGACAGAUAUGCACCCUGGAAACUAAAGAGCAGAUGCAGCAGUUACUGCUGUUCCUUUCCAUUGAGCCUGGACAACUGUGUAACACCAUCCUACCCAGCCUGCAGGGGCUGCUCGACCUUCUGGUGACAAACUCGUCAACUCUGGCUGAGGCCAUGUUCCAGACAUUCAUUGGCAAUCCUAAAACCUACAGUGUCCAGGGCAACUGGAGCUCUGUGUUGACGCAGAACAUGGGCUUUAACUUCAGCGGUCUACACUCUCUCAACAUUAACGUCACUUCCCCAGGAGAAUUGACUGUUGGCAUGUUGCUGAAAAAUCAAACUGCCUUCGUUAUGGAUGUGCAGCGACACAUGAAUUUUGAUUUGGCUGCUCUGCACCUGCUGAUGAACACAACUCUACCAAACAGAAAUUUAGAGAUCCUGUCGUGGUUUGUCAGCCUGCAUCAGUGCAAUUCCACAGCAUUCAUGGACAUGAAACCUACAGAUGUGGUCAUCUUUGAGACCUUCUGCUCUAUGUGUGCACAAGAUUGGUACACCUUUACAGUGCUGAUGUCUCAACACGUCAACAUGAAGAGAGUCAUGUACAGAUUGGUGUUGUCUGAAGAAGUCCAGAGCCUGGUCGCAGCCAUGCUUCAAAUGCUCAAGAUGAUAACAGACAUGAUGAGCAAAAUCAUUCCUGCCAUUAAUCAGCUACAGACCUACCUGCUGUCUGUCGAUGACCUCAACCUGGGAGCCAGCGACGAAUUCAGCCUUAUGUCCAGAGGAAUGAAGUCCAGCAUGUCCAGCCAUGCCACCUUUGUCACUCUGUCUAGAGCGUUGUGCAGCAAAGGCAUCCUGGCUCUGUUUGGAAUCUCCAAACUGACCACCGCAUCACACAGCGACCCCUCAGUGCACAGUAACCAAAAGAGGGAGGAGAUGAUUGAGAGGUUCAAGAUUCCACGAAAUGCCACACCGUUCUGUAUGAACAUGUAUCUGGACAUGGUGAACACCACAGGGGGCGCAAUUGCCUGGGCCUUCCUCAAACCCAUGCUAAUGGGACACAUCCUGUACACACCUGAUACACCCCUCACCAGGGACAUAAUGGAGAAGUCAAAUGCAACCCUGCACGAUUUUGCAAAUCUGAGGAAGAACUCCGAAGAGUGGCUCGAAUCCUCCAACUACAUCGUAAACUCUGCAGAAAUCCUCGGCCAGACAUUGCCAAUGCUGCAGAGUUCCCUCAGCAACUCCUUUGUAAAGAAUUUCAUCCAGAUGCAGACAGACAUUGAUGUUGACAAAAUGAAAGACACACUCAGCAACUUCUCUAACAUGACAGGAUUGCUGGAACAGAACAAGUACUUGCUGAAACAAAUCACCACCUUGUCCAAUCUGAUGGUGGACUUGUCCUCCUGUAUCAAGUUCGACCGUUACCGUGGCUACAACUCUGCAGAGGAGCUUAAUGAUGCAGCUCAGGAUCUUGCGAAAAAUCGCAGUCUGUAUGCAAGUGUCAUCUUCAAGCUUCCCCAAGAAGAAGAGUCAUCCAAGAACCGCCACACCAGAUCAUCUGCCGCCUCAUCCACAUCUGCCCUGCCUCCCAAAGUCAAAUACACAAUCCGCAUGCAUAUGGAUAACGUCAUGCGCACAGACAGAGUCCGGGAGCCCUUCUUCAUCAAAGACCCACACAUAUUUGCCGGCCUGACAAUGCGCUACAACAGGGGAUUCAUUUACCUGCAGGAAAACAUUGACAGAGCGAUCAUUGAAACUCACGCUGGGGAGAAAGUAACAGAGCCAGCUGUCCAGCUGCAGCCCUUCCCUUACCCAUGCCAUCUCCGUGACGAAUACCUGGAGGCCAUCACGUUUGUCUUCCCAUUCAUGCUGAUGUUAGCCUGGGUUCUGUUUGUGGCUGACUUUGUGAAGAAACUUGUGCAUGAGAGAGAACUGAGAUUACACGAGUACAUGAAGAUGAUGGGAGUCAACCCCAUCAGCCACUUCUUUGCCUGGUUCAUAGAGUGUGCUGCAUACCUGGUGUUGACCAUCAUCGUCCUCACCCUGGUGAUGACAUACGGCAAAAUCCUGCCCAACAGCGACGGCUUCCUCCUGUUCCUGUAUUUCUGUGACUACGGCUUGAGCGUCAUUGCCUUCAGCUACCUGGUCAGCUCCUUCUUCGACAAGACCUACAUCGCCGGCUUGAGUGGCAGCCUGGUCUACAUCCUCUGCUUCUUCCCUUUCAUCAUAGUCAUGGCCCUGGAGGCAAAUCUCAGCUUUUCCCUGAAGAGUUUUGUGAGCUUGUUUUCUCCCACCUGCUUCAGCUAUGCCAGUCAAUAUGUUUCCCGAUACGAGUCCCAAGGAGAAGGAAUUCACUGGAGCAACUCCUAUACAUCACCCAUUGCUGGUGACACAUGCUCCUUUGGUUGGCUGUGCUGGCUGAUACUCAUCGACUCCAUACUCUACUUCAUCAUCGGUGCUUACGUACGCAUGGUCUUCCCAGGAAAGUAUGGCAUUCCAUAUCCAUGGUACUUCCCCUUCAAAUCCUCCUUCUGGGCUGACCUGUGCUGCAUUAAGCCAAAGACUAAAAAAAGCAAAGGACUCUUCUUCACCAACAUCCUGCAGAAAAACCAGCCCGUGUUCUCCAAUGACAAGGAAAAAGGCCAAAACACACUUUCAUUCCAGGCCAGUGAAGAAUUCACAGAGCUCCCAGUGGGUGUUGUUGUUCGUGGUCUGAGCAAGAUCUACGGUGACAGAGCAGCCGUUCAAGAUCUCAACAUUUCCUUCCGCGAGGGCCAUGUCACGUCACUGCUCGGCCACAACGGAGCUGGCAAAACCACCACCAUGUCUCUCCUGACCGGCCUUUACGCCCCGUCGUCCGGCUCGAUUGAUGUUUAUGGCAGAGACAUGCAGAACAACAUCGAUGACAUCCGCAAAGAAAUGGGUGUCUGCAUGCAGUACGACGUCCUCUUCGACCACAUGACUGCCAAAGAGCACCUGCUGCUGUACGGCCAGAUCAAGGCCCCACAGUGGUCACAAGGAGUGCUGCGUGAACAAGUCCGAGCGAUCCUGGAGGAGACAGGCAUGUAUGCUCACAGACACAAGCGGGUGGGCACCCUGUCGGGUGGUAUGAAGCGCAAACUGUCAAUCUCCAUCGCCUUCAUCGGAGGCUCUCGCUUGGUAGUUCUAGAUGAACCCACCACAGGUGUUGAUCCUUGCUCCAGGCGCAGCAUCUGGGACAUUGUUAUCCAGCAUAAGAAUUACCGCACCAUCAUCAUGUCCACCCACCAUCUGGAUGAGGCUGAGGUGCUGAGCGACUGCAUUGCCUUCCUGGAGAAAGGAGGAUUGAAAAGCUGCGGAUCUCCUGUCUACCUGAAAGACAAGCUGGGUCAGGGCUACAAACUCACUCUCACCAAGAAGCCACAGAUGAAGAACUCUGAGUCUAAAAAAGUUGACAGUUCCGACAUCAAGGAGUUCAUUCAGGCCCAUGUACCUGAAGCGCGGCUGAAGGAGGCCCAAGGAGGCGACUUGGUCUACUCACUGCCCCCUUUCAACUCAUCCAACGCCUCCUCCUACCGCUCCCUCCUGACUGCGCUGGACUCUAACCUGGACGGCCUGCAGCUCGGAGGCUACGGCAUCAGUGACACAACCCUGGAGGAGGUCUUCCUUCAACUGACUCGAGAACACCUCGACGACGAGAAUACUCCUCUGUCCAUCUCAGAAACCAUUUCUGACACGGGAUCUUUGGAUAGUUUUUCCUCAGACCAGAGUGAUGGUUACGGGGACAACAUCAAGCUCCACAGUUCAUCUUCAUUGUCCGGCAUUGCCCUGCUCUGGCAGCAGGUGGUGGCCAUACUCAUCAAGAGGUUCCACCACAGUCGCAGAGACUGGAAAGGCCUCAUCUCACAGGUCUUGCUUCCGGUCGUGUUUGUGGUGUUUGCUAUGGGCCUGGGCUCUAUCAAGAAUGACCUGUGGCACUAUCCAGAGAUGGAGCUGAGCCCGGCACUUUACAACAUUGGACCAAGUUACUCAUUCUUCAGCAACAAAAAUCCCUCCUCCAGCCGUCUGGCGGACACCAUGAUGUCAUUCCCUGGGAUUGAUAACGCGUGCUUGGACAAGCCUGAUGAGUUGCUCUGCGCAGAAACCAGGGCUGGAUGGACUUCCAAUGGGAACAGCUCCAAAGGCUUUAGCAUCUGUCAGUGCACCUCUGAGGAGCAGGUCUGUGGCAAAGACAACUACAAACCCCCACAUCAGACGAUUCCUUCAUCGCAGGUUGUUUUUAACCUGAGUGGCGUCAAUGUUGAGAAGUACCUGGUGUCCACAGCCAAUGACUUCAUCAGGAACAGGUAUGGAGGCUUUGAGUUUGGCAUGCAGCUUCCUCCUGACUUACAAAUGGACCUGCUACCAGUGCCCAAAAACAGAACUCUGUCUAAGGUGUGGUUUAACCCUGAGGGCCACCACACCAUGCCAGCUUACAUGAACACCCUCAACAACCUGAUCCUUCGCUCCAACCUUCCAGAUAACAAGGACCCACGGGAAUAUGCCAUUUCAGUUUCCAGUCAUCCUUACUUUGGUCGGGCUGAUGAUGAAGAAGUAAUCGUACAGGGAAUGCUUCAGAUCCUCGUUGCGAUGUGUGUGAUGAUCGGCUACUCAAUAACCACAGCCAGUUUCGCCAUCUAUGAAGUCAACGAGCACCAGAGCGGAGCCAAGAUGCUCCAACACAUCGCUGGCGUCAGCGAGCCGGUCUACUGGAUUGUCAACUUCUUCUACGACAUGGUCAUCUAUCUGAUCCCGGUCACUUUGACGAUCUGUGUGAUCGCUGCCUUCCAACUGUCAGCCUUCACCGAACGCCAGAAUUUCGGAGCCGUCGCCCUCCUGCUGGUGCUCUUUGGGUUUGCCACUUUCCCCUGGAUGUAUCUGUUAUCGGGCGUCUUCCGAAAUGCCGAGGUGGCCUUCAUCACCUACGUGUGCAUCAACCUCUUCAUCAGCAUCAACACGAUCAUGUCCACAACCAUCCUCCACUUUCUGAGCCAGAUUUCAGUGCAAAGCCCUGAGCUCGUCAAGGAGACGUUCGAGAGACUCUGCCAUGCCUUCCUCAUUUUCCCGCAGUUUAGCUUCGGCAAUGGCCUGCUGCACCUGGCCCGGACCAACAUCGAGGUCCAGAUGCUCAGUGGCUACGGUGUCGAUGCCUAUCAAAACCCAUUCUCUGGAGAUGGUCUUGGCUGGAUGUUCCUCGCCUCCUUCAUCGAAGGCGUGGUCUUGUUCACCCUCCGCCUCCUCCUUAACAAGUACCUCAUUCAAAAAGUCAGGCGUUUGAUUUGUGCCAGAAAGAAUGUGCCACACGUUGCCAGCGAGGACAUGGAUGAAGACGUGGCAGCUGAGCACGUGCGGGUCUCCAGUGGAGCAGCCAGUUCAGACAUACUGCAAGUCCACGAGCUAACGAAGGUCUAUCAACACCUUAAGAAGAAGGUCCAUGCUGUGAAGAAGCUCUCUGUGGGCAUCCCUGCAGGAGAGUGCUUUGGGCUGCUGGGUGUGAACGGAGCAGGAAAAACAACAACCUUCAAGAUGCUGACUGGUGACAUCAGCCCCACUGACGGUACUGCUCAGAUCAGAGAAUGGGACGGGCAAAUGGUGGACAUCAUGGAGUGUAGAAACAAAGGAGUCAACAUCGGCUACUGUCCCCAGGAAGAUGCCUUGGACAGCAUGCUCACGGGGGAGGAGCACUUGUAUUUCUAUGCUCGCAUUCGAGGCAUCUCAAAGAGGGAGAUACACGGGGUGGUGAACUACCUCUUGAAACGACUGGAGCUCAACUACCACAGACACAUCAUUACUGACAGUUACAGCUGUGGAACCCGCAGGAAGCUUUCCACAGCGCUGUCUCUUAUUGGACACCCACAAAUCCUGCUCCUGGAUGAGCCCAGCUCUGGCAUGGACCCACGCACGAAGCGUCACCUGUGGAAGAUCAUCUCUGAAGAAGUGAAGGGGAAAUGUGCCGUGGUUCUCACCUCUCACAGUAUGGAGGAGUGUGAGGCACUGUGCAGCCGCCUUGCCAUCAUGGUGAAAGGUCAGUUCCGAUGCCUUGGGUCUCUGCAGCACAUUAAGAACAGGUUUGGCAGCGGAUUCACUGUGAAGAUGUACUUGGCCGAGGCCUCCUGUGAUGCAGAGGCAAUCACUGGCUUCAUGCAGUGCAGAUUCCCCAGCACUUACCUCAAGGACCGACACGCCACCAUGUUGGAGUACCACGUGCCGCUGGCUCCAGGAGGGGUGGCUGACAUCUUCGACCAGCUGGAGUCAAACAAGGAUGCUCUGCAGAUCAAACACUUCUCUGUGAGCCAGACCACUCUGGAUGAGGUCUUUAUCAACUUUGCCAUGGGGAAGGUUGGUAUGGACAGCAUACCUAUUGAGGACGAGCUGGUUGACUUUGACUCCAUUCAUUCAUCAGACACUUAAAGAUGACUGACAUCCUGUGACUCACUUUUCCAUCGACUAUGGAAGAGAAACUGAUAUUUUCAUUUUAGGAAACCAUAUCAAAUUAGACUCGUCACGAGACGCAGCAUAACCUCUAUAUUUGCACAGAUAAGAACAAAAAAAAGAACAAAAUGAAAAAAAAAAAACAACCUGAAUCUUGAAGGUCAGACACCUAAUUUGUUUACCCUAUUUUUUUAUAAAAUUCUAUUUAUGAACAGCACUUUUAUCACCAAAAAGAUCUUGUCAAACCUAAAGAAUAAGGCCUCAGCUCCCAGCACAGGUCAUGUAAGUUGUUAUGAAGUUAAAAUAUUUGGUUCACUAGAACAAUUAAUUGAUAAUAAAAACACAUUGACUGCUCAUGAGAAAUUAGUCUUUUAACCAUUUUACCAAUAGAUUGUUUUUUCUCCCCAACACCUGAACUAAUUUAGAAAUGAACUAAUGGGAAAAAUAUAUCUCCUCCCUUCUAAGUUCUAAUUGUAGUGCAAUUGUUUCACAGAAUUGAAAAGCACAUAUCUGGUAUUUUCACACUGUAUAUUAUAUAUUACACAAGAGCAAAAUCAAAAACAAUACCAUGCAGUUAACUAAUUGUGAUUCAAAGAUGUUUUGAUUAUUUUGUAUCCACUUAAUGCAAUCAUGCACUUAUUUUGUUAUGAUUCUGAGCAGCAAAUGAUUUUGCCUUCGUGAUGAACUCCUCUCAUGCCGUCCUUUUAUUUUGAUUUUUCUUCUUCCACACAUAUACACUUAUAAUCUGACUUUUAGAGUUAACUCUGAAUACCUGCUUGUGGGCCUGUGGCCUAGGUGAUACCUGUUUUUUUAUAAUUCCAAUAAAGUUACUUUUAAAUGCA